AUGUUUGCUCCAGAUUUGCAUAUUUCUACCCCAGAGGUCCUGCUUUGUCCAGCCUUGGAUGCCAAGAAAGGCUCCGACCCCUUGGUGCUUCGAAGGCCCGCCUCCCCAGCCACGGAGUCGACCCGGAAGCCUUUUCCGCCGAUGAGUCGGCUCACCUGGCGAUCGCCGGGCACGGCCAGCAUUUGUGGAGGCUUCGGCCGCGAGCCGAACCGCGAGCUUCACCCGGACAAGUGGUCUGCCUGGUACAGCAGCAAAUUUGACUCAGUGAGCAAAAAAGAAUUUACAGUUUGCGAGUGUGAGCAGAAAAAGAUCUUUAGUCAUAAAGAUCCCCACUGUGAGCUCAACAAGUUCGAUGAUAUGAUGAACUACUUGCAGCAGAAGGAUCGCCGCUUCGGGCAGCUGGUCGUGGUGGAUGAAGCGUUUGAAGUGCUGAACCGCGCUUGGUGCAUCGCUGAGAUCAUGGAAGGGAAUUCCUUGCAUGAAGAGAGCAAAUCCUGCAGUCAGUUUCAAAUGCGCGUGAACGUCUUCUCACGGAACUCGGUGGACUUGCACUAUGACAAUCUGGCUGUUCUGGACGUGACCAAGUGCGACGCCACUAGCGAGGAAGACAAGCAGUUCAUCCUCUCCAAAGUCAGCGGGCGAGAAGAGGCCUUCAAUCUGAAGCUCCAGGACCUGAUCUUCGGCUGCCAAGGUCUCUUCAAUCCGUGGAUCGACGUGAAGGAGCGCACCCGGCGCGUGGGCCUCAUUUGGCGUCGCUGCGCCGCGUCCACGCUCACUGGAGAGGCAGCGCGCGAAGCCUUUAGCCAGCGGCGGCCAACCUUGAGAACGAUGUGGUCCAAUUUGCGCGAUGAGGCGACUGAUGGCAUCAAGGAAAGUGCUCUUGAUAAGGCUAUUUGCCGUUACGCCAUCUUCCACAUGGGUGAAGGUCGCCGGGCUCCCACCAAGACGUCGAAGAAUUAUGGGAAAUGGACGUCGCGUCGAAGGAAGAUGGACAUUGCGGAGGACAUCGGGUCUUCCAAAGGUUUCAGCGGGAAAGAUCGCGCUGUGCCUAAAACCGAAGCAUCACACCAGAUCCACGCACCGGAAGCACCGCGAAUGGCGAACAAGCGCACGCGGAGUCCAGAGGAGGUGCCAAAGCUGCAGCUCUCGGUCGUCGGGUUGGAUGGCUCUGACUUUGAGCUGCGCGUGGAUCGAGAAGCCUUAGGUCUGGAGCUUCUGGAGCUGGUCCAGCAGCGUGUGGGUCGGCGCUCCGGGCAGCUGAAACUCUACUGCGGAGCCCAGGAGCUUCUGCUCUCUGAGCCGUUGCACCGGCAUUUGGCAGAUGGUGCUGUGGUCAGCUAUGUCUUCCACAAGGUGAAUCUGUGGGGAGCCUGGCAGAGCUUGAUGAAGGAGCGGGAACCCCGGAGAGAGGCGGCGCAGCUUUUCCAGAUGAUUCACCACAUCCAGCCGCAGAUGCCGCCGGGGCAAGCACCUGAUGAGGCUGAAGGUCCACGGGAGAUGUGCUUGAAGAGUGCCGAUGUGCCGCUGCCUCGGAGCCUUGAGAUCUUGCAGCUCAACAUUCAUAGGUGGAACUUCUACCAGCCCGACAUGGCCCUACAAUUGGACCUCGCGCACACCCGGAUCCACACCUUGGUCUUCGGCGACGACUUCGACACGAAGCUCGAUGAGAUCGUUUUGCCGUGCACCUUGAGGAAAUUGCAGUUCGGGGCCCACUUCAAUCGCAGCUUGAAGAACGUGCAGAUACCCAGCAGUUUGGAGGAGCUGAUCUUCGGACAUAACUUCAAUCAGAGCAUGAAAGGCGUGAAUUUGGGCGAGAAUUUGAAGACCUUGGUCUUCGGAAGGAUGUUCAAUAUGAGCAUGAGAAGCUGGAAGAUCCCUCACAGUGUGCGACACUUGACCUUGGGAGAAACCUACAAUCAUAUCUUGAAGGGCGUGAAGUUUCCGGAGCUCGAGAGCUUCACCUUCUGCGGGACCUUUAAAGAGAAGGUGGCAGAGGCCGAACAUCGCCGCUGA